AUGACAUCAAGGGUACACAGCUACCUACCUGCCGACCUUGAUAAUUAUUACCCUUAUGUACUCUCAGGUUCCUUUUUCCCAGAUAGCUUCUAUACGUGUGGCAGCUCUGAGGCUUCUGAGGCCAUACACUGGCCUCCAUUCUUGCAAAAAGCUGUGCAGUUCUACAGAUCCAAGUACCAGCGUCAUGGAGACACUGAAGAUGCCCGCAGGCUUCGGGCAUUCCUCUAUGGCGUUUUGACACACCAGAUAGUGGAUUCCUCAUGGCAUUCGAUAGGCAUGGAGGAAGGCCUAUUGGUGUAUCUGGCAAAUGCUGACUUCGCAGGCGAUGUAGAGAGGGCCCACCAACUGCUGGACACUGCAGGUGACUUCAUGCUUAUGAGAAGGUUUAUGGAUAGAAGUCUCUUCACCAUGGAUUGGGAGUAUCCGAACUGGGACGAUAUCAAGGGUAUCCUGGAGUUGAUGGAUAUCAGCCUUCCUAAAGAGAUGAUCAAAUACUGUACAAUGAGAGGCGAAUCUGCACUGAAGGCUGAGGAAAAAAUCGUUGAUACAACUGCAACUGUCUAUACAAGGAUAUCACCUCUUCUAGAUGAUAUUCUAGAAUCCUACCAUAUUGGUGGAUUACAAGAGACUACUGAUACUGCAAUUCGAUGCUUACCGGAGCUCGACGAUUGGUUUGAACAUGGUGCUCCAUUAGAUCCAUGGCUGCUGUGUGGAGCGAUACCAAGACCCCAAGCUAUAGGAAAGACCUUGAAAGGAGAUGGUACCAUUAUAAGUACGUAUUCUCCAAUGUCUAAAUUCGGACAUGCCUUGGCAAUUGGUAACUUCUUGGAAGAGCCUUCGCUGGCGAUAAGUGCACUCAUCGAAGAUGGGGUUGGCUCUGUCUAUGUCUUACCUCUGAGUGACUUCACAGACGUUGAGACAUACAAUCUGAACUCACCUGUGUUUUUAAGAGGGAUGAGUUCUGGAAAGAACAAUACCUUCCACUAUCAGAAAAGAUUUGGUCAAGCGUUGGCUCCUUACAAUGUCUUUGAUAUAACGUACUUACUCGUAAGUGAGCCAGGAACUUCCUCUGUUCAUAUAUUCAAAGGUGCAAAUUUGAUAUUGACAUUCCACGAUUUCCAAGCCUCUUCACAGUUUGGGUAUGGUGGAAAGAAUCAACAAGGGAUAUCGUUACAUACAUGGGAUCUGAACAAUGAUGGAAUUCAGGAAAUCUUCAUCACGGCACCAUUGAACGACGUAAAUGGAUCUCAUGUUCAAGGUGAAGUCAUCGUGUUGGAUGGGGCAAAAGUGUUACAAAUGUUAGUCAUAUCACCAGGGUACGAGAUUAUUGAUAUGCAAUUUGUCAUUAGUAAGAGGAUCACUUUACCGAAAAAAUAUGUGCAAAAUGGGUAUGAACAGUUUGGAUCGAGUCUUGCUAUAUCUGCUGACAGUAUCUUCGUUGGUGUUCAAGGAUUCGGGGCUGUGAUGGUAUUUGACCAUGAAUUUCAAUUUCAAUAUUCUUUCCAAGGUGAAAGCGUUAAGAACGAUGCUUAUGGACUAAAGGUCUCAUCUGAAACUGGUUUAUAUGCAUCAGAAUGGAUACUUCAUGGAGAAUGGGAAGACGUUCAAUACGUAAUCGUUGGUGCACAUCGGGAGGAUUUCAAUGGAAUUCAAAAUUGUAUAUCAUGUGGUGCAGUUUACGUCUAUGUUAUCAAAGAGCGUCCAAUAUUUUGCACGAAAUUACAUUUGGAACCGUUGGCAGCAAAUUCAUUUGCACAAUUUGGAACAGGUGCUGCUAUAAAUAAUGGGACGUUAUACGUAUCAAGUCAGGGAUAUAAGGACAACAGUGGGAAGUUGUUUUCCGUUAGCAUGAAUCAAGUGCUCAAAUCACCGAGUGAGUUAUUGAUAAAGACACCAGUUGUUGAUGGUGCGUAUGGUUAUAAUGGAUUCGGUAAACAACUUGUAAUUCAUGAGGAUCAAAUAAUUAUUGGGGAACCUUUAUUUGGAUAUGAUGAGCUUUGGGAUGACACUAAAAGGCUUAUGGGUCGCGUGGGGAUCUACACGUUGAGAUAA